GUUUGACCGGUUAUAAAAUUGCCAUUUGCAGGCGAGUUUUAGUGGUGUUGCGCCACUGCCUCGCUAGUGAGUGACAUGGCCGGCCAGCCUGCCCGACUGGGCCUCGAGCUCCCGGAGGUCAUCUCGCGACUGGAACUGUUCGCGCCCAGCCGACUCGCCGAAAAGUGGGACAAUGUCGGACUACUCGUCGAACCAUCGCCACCCAAACUUGUUCAGAGGAUGCUGCUGACCAACGACCUGACCGAGGACGUGAUGGCCGAGGCGGUGCAGCGGAAGGUCGACCUGAUCCUCAGCUAUCACCCGCCCAUCUUCCGGCCUCUGAAGCGGCUGGCCUUCUCCAAAUCGUGGAAGGAGCGUAUCGCCGUUACCUGUGUGGAAAACCGUAUCGCCGUGUACUCGCCCCACACCUGCUACGACGCUCUGGACGGCGGCGUCAACGACUGGCUCUGCGAGGCGUUCGGACCUGCCCGAGUGACGCCCCUGACGCCCAGCCUGGCGCCGGAGCCGAGCGUUCAGCUGGCGGUGGCGCUGCCGGCUGGUCCGCAGCGCCAGCUCGACUGGGUGGACGACCUGCACGAGCUGUGCCGACAGCUGCCCGGCGCCUCCGUAGAGGCUAGGUAUCAGGACGUGGUGCUGGACGUGCGCACGCUGGGCAGUCCGCUGACGAGCGGCCCCCAGCCGCGGCUUCAUCUGGUCGUCAGCACUCCACGGAGACACCUGGCGACCCUGACAGCGUUCCUCGGCUCCGCGGGACUCACCUCGGCCGCCACUCGACUCACGACGGCCGAACAGCUGCCGGAGCCCAGCCGCGGCUCCGGGCGGCUGGCCGAGCUGGAGAACAAGCUCUCCCUCAGCGAGGCCGUGCAGGCCAUCAAGAAGCACCUGAAGCUGCAGCAUGUCCGUCUGGCAGAGGCCGUCGGCAAGCCCAAAGACUCGCCGGUGCGGACGGUGGCGGUCUGUGCCGGCUCCGGCGGCUCCGUACUGGCCGGUCAGCAGGCCGACCUUCUGCUGACCGGCGAAAUGUCACACCACGAGGUGCUGGAUGCCACGCACGCCGGCAGUCAUGUGGUGCUGUGCGAACACAGUAACACGGAGCGAGGCUUUCUGGCGCGGCUGGCCGGCCGGCUGGAGGCGCUGCUGGCCGAACAGGUGGAGCUGGUGACGUCAGAGGCCGACCGGGAUCCGCUCACCGUCGUGUGAUACGAGCCGUGACCUGCUGACGGGACACGGGGAGAGACCCUUUGACCGACGUCAGACACAGGUCAGAACCCUAGGGCAGUCUCUGACACGGGCCGGCCCGGUUCUGCGCCCAUAAUAAGUGUGCCGUUCUGAUAAUUUGUAUACGUUUGUGUAGCUGGCCUCUGAAUUGGUAUUGGCAUCAAAAAGUGUUGCGUUGUAACAUGUCUAGAUGUGGUACAGGCUCACAGGCACAGGGUAUUGAAUACCACAGGCAGGCUCGUUACCGAGAAUGGACAGUCUUGUGCGAGCUGUCACUGGUCCCGUGGGUUGCUGAACGUUUGUAAAUGUUCUUUUGUGUUGCCCUGGCGCUAUGACGGGUUGCAGCAGGCUGUACUGUCUGAGAGAGGGAUUCUGGGUCAUCAGGCGAUCCUUGUACUUUGCCUGUGUUUCUUAAUGAGACGCUCUGCAAGUUUGUAACGAGAGUUUUUACCCUUGUUUGAGAAGGUGCUGUGAAACUGUAAUGUAAAACGAGUGGAGUGAAACACAUUUUGUAAAUGACUGAUAGGUGCGUGCGAUACAAUACACGCGUUGGAUA